UAUCUAUCUUUAUUCAUCUUUCUAUGGUUUAACAAAAUUAUAUAUUCGGAAACAUUACAGUUACAACUAGAGAUAUUACUUAUAUUCGUCGUAAUAGUUAAAUAACACUAUUAAAAUUAAAGUUACAACGAACGAGUGUAGGUUAAUAACUAGAAUUGUUAAAAAAUAGUGACAGGUGGUUUGACGUUUAUUCGCCGCCAUCGUUAUUAGCGACAGUGAUCUGCCAUAUUGCGCGUGAUAUAAAGAAUCGUAAUUUAUAAUACAUUUACGGUGUUACGGUUGUUACCUGUACAUCUAAUACGAGAAUUUAUUGUUUAUGUAGUAAUAACAUUUUAACGAAAUCCUUGUAAUUCAGUUUGUGGGAAAACAUUCCACAGUAGUGAACUACAAAACGAUAAAAAAUGUCAACUGGACCAUAUAAUUACUCUUAUAUCUUCAAAUAUAUUAUUAUAGGAGAUAUGGGAGUAGGAAAAUCAUGUUUAUUGCAUCAAUUUACAGAAAAAAAAUUUAUGGCAGAUUGUCCACAUACUAUUGGCGUUGAAUUUGGGACAAGAAUCAUUGAAGUUGCAGGACAAAAAAUAAAAUUACAAAUAUGGGACACUGCUGGUCAAGAACGUUUUAGGGCAGUUACUAGAUCUUAUUACCGAGGUGCUGCUGGAGCAUUAAUGGUCUAUGAUAUAACUCGUCGUUCAACUUAUAAUCAUCUUAGCAGCUGGCUUACAGAUACAAGGAAUUUAACAAAUCCAAGCACUGUUAUAUUUUUAAUCGGAAAUAAAAGUGACCUGGAAGGUCAACGAGAUGUUACUUAUGAGGAAGCAAAACAAUUUGCUGAUGAAAAUGGUCUUAUGUUUGUAGAAGCUAGUGCAAAAACAGGACACAAUGUUGAAGAGGCUUUUUUGGAAACAGCAAAAAAGAUAUUCCAGAGUAUACAAGAUGGCCGUUUGGACUUGAAUGCUGCCGAAUCUGGAGUUCAACAUAAUCCGAGUCAACCAGGUCGUACUAAUCUUCAAGGUGUAUCUAAUGAACAACAGGGUGGAAAGGAUUCCUGCUCUUGUUAGGUCUUUAUUUGUUUGUAUAUAGAAACAUGAAUUCAUCGGUACUAUUGAUGCAUAUAUGAUUUAUACUAAGUAUAGUAAGCAAAUAGUCUCCUGUCUUUAUCCCUUUACCUUUGAUAUGUCAAAUCUAUUCCAUGAAAAGGAUAUCACUUUUUUCUGGUUAGACUUAAUUUUCAGAAAUGAAGUACAGAUCCAUGAUUUAGUCUACAUAUGCAUAUAAAUUGUACUGAUAACAAUGAUUCUGUAUUAACGCUGAAAUUGAUAUUUCAGUGUUAAAGCUUUUCUAUGGUUAUUGUAAUUUGCAUACAUGCAAAUAUUAUUGCAUAGGUCGUAUACUUUAUUGCGUAAAAAAUUUAAUAUUAGACAAUAUGUUGUAUUCACAAAUCUUAUAGUACAUUGUGUACAAGAUGCAUUGUACUAAACAUUUACUUAAUCACAAGAAAAUAUGAUAAAUAUGAAUGUGACACAGCCAAAUAUUUACCAUUGUAAAUUAAAUAUGUGUAACAAGAUUAAGCACGUUUGAUCGUGUUUGUUAUCUAAUUUGCAGUUUGAAAGCUAUUGUACUAUAAGCUUAAGUGCAAAAGAUUGUUGGUAACACAUCUAAACUUCUCAACAGCAUCAAAGAGUUGUCACAAAAUGGCAUAAUGAAAUAGAAUUAAUGUCAACUUUA